AACACCCUGGCUUGAUGAAACCGAGCGUCGAGUUGGAGAACUGGAACCAGUCACAUUGAACAAGGAUGACGUCACCCGAAAGUCGGAAGAAGUUAAAGCACUUCGUGAUGACGUCACUGCACACGAGCCCGAAUUGAAAAACGUUGGAAAUGUGGUUGAAAGUUUAGUUAAGACAGCGUCUGCUGAUGAAUUUAUAGUGGAAGCACAGGUGAAAGAUUUGUCCGAGAGAUAUGAUAGUUUACAGAAGAACCUGGGGGAAAGAGUAAGAAAUUUAGACACAGUACAAGCAGCUUUGAAAGAAUAUGAAAAUAGUCUGGAGGUUGUGGAGCUAAUUCGUGAUGAAGCUGUUGAGUUGGCUGAAGGCAAAAUACUUCUGGCUUCUCCUGUGGAGGAACUGGUAGAGGAACUACGUGAAGUAAAGGUGAUGCUCAAUGUUGUUGAACGAGUUGAACCCAAUAUCAGUGAGGUUACCAAGAAAGGAAACACUUUGUUACAACUGGGAGAGUUUCCGGAGGAGGCCAGUUUCCGUGAGGAUAUGUCAAACCUUCCAAGAAGUGUUUCUGAUGCUAAAAGAAAGUUGGAGGAGAAACAAGAACUACUGGAUGCCGCCAUUGAGAAGAAUGAAGCAUUUGGUAAUGUAGCCGAGCAACUGGAAGGCUGGGUAACAGCUACGGCUCAGGAACCUGUCUUCACUGAGGUGAGUAAGACAACGAACCCUGUGACUGUGGAGAAACGUUUACAACAACUGGUGAGACUUCGUGAUGAAACAACGGAUCGUAAGAAAGACUUACAACAAUUGGAAACACUGGGACAAUGGCUGAUAGAUCACGCUCAAAAUGAACCAAGCGUCAUAGCAAACGUUGAAAUGCAGAAAGCUAAACUUGGGAAACAACUUGACGAGCAACAACAAAAGAUUGAUCAGAAAUACAUCGAGCUACAAGACAUCCUUAUGCAUGGUCAAGAGUUUGAUGAAAAUCGCGAGGAUUUAGAAUCGAAACUCGGUGAUCUUGGAAGCAAACUUGCCACGCUACGACCUGUUUCAGCGAUUUAUGACACCGUUAAGAGCCAAGAGAUUGAUGUUGAGAGUUUGAAGGAAGAUCUUAAGAAAUAUGAACCUGUUUAUAAGAAAGUUGUCGAAGAAGGCGAGCAGCUGGUCGAGAAUUUGGAACCUGGAGAUGAGAAGGAAGAACUUGUCGAGAAAUUGUCAGAUUUGAAAACAAGAUGGGAAGAAGCUACGACAAAGUGUCUCGAUUAUCAAAAAGAGGUUGAAAAAGCCCUGCCUUUGGCUAAGAAGUACGACGAAGCUAUGUCACCAUUUACUGACUGGCUCUCAGCGUCUGAAACAAAACUAGACUUGAUCGAAGGGACUGCUUUGAAACAAGAAAACAUCCAGGAGUCUCUGAAAGAACUGGGAACGAUUCAGGAUGACGUCAGCACACGUGCCCGCGAUUACGAGGCAAUUCAACAAUGCGGUGUUGCACUUUUCAAUGCAGCGCAGGAGGAUAAGAAAGUUGUAGAAGCAGAACUUGGAAACACGGAGAAACGGUGGACUGCGUUGCGGAAAAAGAUUGAAAGCGCGACGGCUCAGCUUGGAAAACAGCAAAAAGCACUAGAAGAUUUCGAAGAAGGAGUCCAUAUCAUCGACGAAGUGUUUAAACCAUGCGAGGUCUUGCUUGCUGAGAGAAAACCUUAUGGAUUAAGUGACGAAGCCGUCAAACAAGACAUAAAUAAGAUCGAUGAGUUGCUUUCAAAGAUCGAAGAACGACGACCAGUGGCCGAAAAGAUUCCGAAGUUGUACGAAGAUUUAACGAAAGGUACUGAGGAGACUGAUCCAGAAAAUGUCGCGAUGAAAGAGACUGUGAAUGAUGUUUCCAUGAAGUUUGAAGAUGUUCCAGAAAAAUUGAAGGCUUUGAAGGAAACACUGCAGGAUGAAGUUGAUCAUCUUGAAACUUUCAAUGAACUUGUCAGAAAACUCGAAUCAGCUGUGCCAAUACAAACAGCGAGGUUUGAAAAACAAGCUCCAGUAAGCACCAAACCAGAUAUCAUCAAGGAACAGAUAAAUGAAAAUGAGUCUAUCGCCAACGAGGUUGAACAAUGUCGAGAUGAUGUACAAGACUUAGAAGACUCUGGGAAAUGGCUUGUCGAAAACCUUCCGAGUGAUUCCGGAGUUAUCCAGGAAGUACACGAACGUAUUGCGAAGGCACGAGAACCCGUCGACAGAUUAGGUGCUAAAGUAAGCCAGCGAAAGAAUCAAUUGGAGACCGCUGCUCUUCAAGCUCAACAGUUCGCAGACUACUUUGAAGAAUUUAGCCUGAAAAUUGCGGGUGUGGAGGAUGAGUUAGCGGGCCUGUUGCCCGUCUCUGGGUUGUACCCAACAUGCUGUGACCAGCUGGAUGAGGUUGAACGACUUGAAAGAGUUAUAAAGCAACAAGAAGUUAUCGUUGAAAAAGUUCAAAUGAUCGGUCAAAAAGUAUUGAAUAAUCUUCAUGAAGGAACUGACAAGAAAGAAAUGGCAAAGAACUUAUCUGAUCUUGAAAAACGUUGGGAUAAUCUUAAUACCAAGAUGCAUGAACGAAGAGCUUUAGUUGAGAAUGUUCUUCCAGUUUCCAAAGAAUUCGACAAGAGUUCGGAGAUAUUCACUGAAUGGUUAACAACGACUGAAAGUCGCGUGGAAAAGUUCACCGUCGACUCACUGGAUAACGAAAAUAUUGAGCAAAAACUGAAAGCAUUUAAAGAAAUUGUUGAUGAAGUUCGCUCAAAGAAACCAGCAUUUGAAAAACUUGAAGAGAAAUGUAAAAACCUCACUGAUAUCUGUGGAGCUGACGAGGACAUGAUUGAAACGAAAAUGGUCGGGCAAAGAAAGCGUUUGGAGGCCUUGAAAGUUGCAUCAAAAGAAAAACAAGAAAAUCUUUCUGAAGUAAAAGAUCUUGUUGAACAAUUUAACAACUGCUUGAAAUCUCUGGACGUUGUUUUAAGUGAGGCGGAAGCAACUCUUAAACAUCAACACUGUGUUGGUAUCGACAGACAUGAAGUAUUAACUUUCCUUGAAUGGAUUGAAAGAUUGCUGGAGCGUGUUGCUGAGAGUGAAGAAGACCUGGAGAAUGUACGAUCAUUCAGCGUGGCCAUAUUAACACGUAUUGAUAAGAACUCGCCGUCAGCACAGAUGCUUGAAAAGCGAGUGAAAGACGCAAUGGAACGAUAUUACAUCGACAAGGACGAGCUAGUGGAGUACUUUAUGUCGAAACAAAGCGAUGUGCUUACAAUUGUGAAAUUCUGGAUGAUUUAUGAAACGGUGGAGGAAGGACUACCAUCUUUGUUGAAUGAGGUUGACGCGUUGUCUCUUGUCAGUGCAAAGCCGAGUGUAAUUGCCGUUCAAAUACAAGAAACUGAAGCUCUUUUAGAAGAUGCAGAACGAUAUAAAGAAAAAGUCGAGGCAGUUGAAGAAUUUGCAGAGGAUGUUCAGAAUAUCAACAAUAAUAAUCCUGAAGUGGUGAAGUUAGUUCAAGAUAAGAUCUCUGAGGUGAGAAUACCACUUGAUAGAGUUACCCGUAAGCUGGAAGAUCGUCUGAAGAAACUGCAAGCUGCUUCAAUAAAGGGUAAAGAUUAUGAAGACUUGAUGCAACAGUUGCAAGAUAAGUUGUCCACGUUGGAGGUCGGUAUAACGACUGUACAACCCAUCUCAGGUUCGUAUGAAAAAACCAAGGAACAAAGGGAAGAUGCGGAUCGUGUUGUGCAAUCUUUGAAACAACAAGAACCUGUUUAUGAAAAAAUCACGGAAAUUGGUCAAGCGCUUUUGGAAUCGUCUCCAGACGAGACGGACGGCGUACCAUUGAGAGAGGAACUUGACGAUUUAGCAUCAAAAUGGCAGAAUGUCCUCGAUAAGGCGAAUACACGUGUUGACAGUUUGGAAAACGCUUUACCGCUGACUAAAAGUUACAGCACAGCGCAAGAUGAUUUUACGAACUGGUUGAGUGAGGGUGAACGAAAACUGGAGAGCUUAGACGAGGUGCCUUUGGAUGUUGAUAAUAUCGAGAGAAUACAGGUACGAUUUACAGAGCUCGCAGAAGACGUGCAAGCCCACGAAGGAAUGCAUGACGAAUGCGUUGCCAUGGCAGGAAAUGUGGUUGACGUGUGUGAGGAUGUUGUUAUCGUGGAGACAGAUUUGAAGGAUGUUGAGCGACGAUGGAAUGAGUUGAAGAGCAAAGUGGAAACAAAGAAGGCUGACACGGAGAGAGUGAAGGAAAUUUUGAUGAAACAUCACAAAGCUUUGGAGGAUGUCACGAGUGUGAAUGAUAAGAUGGAGGGAAUUGUGAAUGCAAAAAAUUUGUACCAGCUCGAUGAUGAUAAGCUGAAGGAGUCGCUGGAAAAGGCUAAGGAAACGUUAGCCGAGGCAAAGAAACACGAACCAGUGGUUGAAGAACUGACAAAAACAAACAAGGAACUUCAACAAGAACUGAACACUAGACCUGAAGCUGAACGCCUCGCAACCAACACAACAGACGCCACUGACAGUUUCACCAAAUCUCAGGCAGAUCUUGGAGAUCUUAUCACUCGACUCCAGAAGUAUGAUGAUGUUGCUGUGAAGUUUACGAAAUGUUACGAAGAUCUUACCGAGUGGCUUCCGAUUGUUAAACAGCAAGCUUCGGAGCUGAAACCUAUUAGCACGCAGCCCGAUGUUAUCGAAGAACAAUUACACGAAACUGAGGCUUUGAAGGAUGAAUUGGAAAAGAAGGAAGCUGAACUAGACUCGCUUGAAGACUCAGGGAAAUGGUUGAUUGAACACAGUCACGAUGACCCGAAGGUCACUCCAGAUGUACACACGAAGAUCAGCAAUGUUCGCACCAACUUGGAUAAACUGUUAUCAAAGAUCCAAGCACGUCAAGCCCGCCUUGACAAGGUCCUGUUCGAGAGCCAGGAAUUCAACACUGCUUUUGACACAUUCAUGGAGAAGUUGGUCGCCAUCGAAGAGGCUGUUGCUAAGCAACGACCAGUCUCGGCUGUAUAUGAUACUGUAAAAGAACAGACGAAAGAUAACAAGGAAGUGAAAGACAGUUUGGACCAAUACAAACCAAUGUUUGAUAAACUUAUGGUAAACGGCAAAGAUAUUUUAGAAGCAGCUGAACCAGGCCCGGAUCGCGAGAAUCUUGAACAGAAAUUAUCCGAUACAAACAAGCGCUGGGAAACUGCUGUGGAGAAAACUCAAACACAGGAAGCAAAACUUGGGGAGAUUCGCCCUGUUGCAAAGACUUAUCAUUCUUCAACUGUUAAGUUCUUACCUUGGCUUAAGACAACUGAAGAUAGAGUCGUCCCUGUUGAAGAGAUCACACGUGAUCCACAAACGGUUGCCAAGCAACAGGAAUUGGUGACGAAGACUUUGAGAGAACUUCAAGAACAUAUUCCGGAAUUUGAUGAAGUGACAAAAGAUGCGACAGCUACACUGGGUCUUGCGCAAGCUGAUGAAUACGUUGUUGAAGGGGAACUACAGGACAUUCAGAGACGAUGGAAUACAUUGAUGGACACUUUAAAUACGAAGGAGGAACAACUUGGGAGAUUGAAGGAUACAACUGAGGUGUAUGAACAUGCGCAGAAGUCGUGUAGGAAGGCGUUUGAGGAAGUGGACAAAUUUCUUGAGGAUUGUAAGGCGUCUGGUCUUGAUCAAGAUCUUCCGGAGAAACAGCGUGAGAAGGCGAAGGAGAAACUAGCGUUGUUGGAAUUGAGUGAAGGAGAUGUCAAAAAGGUUGACAAUUCAGGCAAGACUUUGGUUGAGAUUCUCGGAAAAGACAGCCCUGAUGGACGAGAUGUUGAGAAAGAAGUCGCGGAAACGGAGAAAACAUUCAAAGAACUAAAACGAAAGUUGAAUGAACUCGUUGAAAAAUGUGAUGAAGAAAUUGUCCAAUCCAAGAUCUUUUCUGACGCUGUCACUGAACUGGAAGACUGGACAGAGAAUGCUGAAGAUACUCGCGCCCUGAAAGAACCUGUUGCAAGAAAUCCGGAGAAGAUUAGGAAACAACUGAGUGAAAUUGAAAAACUUCAAGAUGAAAUUAAAGCUAAGAAAUUCACGAUAAAGAACGCAGAGGAUGCUGGUCAAUGGCUGAUUGAAAACUCAAACCAAGCCCCUCAUGUCGUACGUGAAGUCCAUGAAAAACUCGCGAGUGUUUCCACGCCUUUCGAGAUCCUACAUGCUCGCGUGAAUGAACGUGAAGUGAAAUUACAAAACGCCUUGAUGCAAACGGAGGAGUUUGACGUGAUUUUGGAUGAAUUUGAUAAGAGCGUGAAGGAAAUAUCAGAUGUCGCCACUCAAGAAAAACCAAUUUCUGCUGUGUACAAUACAGUAAAAGAUCAGAAAGUACAAACAGAGAACUUGAUGGAUGAUAUAGUUCAACAGGGGAUACUGUUCGAUAAGCUUAGUAAAUCUGGCCAAAAUGUGAUCGGAAGUUUAGACGAGGGUGAGGAUAAAGAAGAAUUAGUGAAACGACUUGAUGAUCUAAAUAAUGAUUGGAAGGAUAUAAAGAAGAAAGCUGAAGACUUGAAGGAAAAGAUUGAUAAAGUCUAUCCACUUGCUGAGGAGUAUAAAACGAAGGUCGAUGAUUUUACCCCGUGGUUACAAAACAUAGAGCGGGAAGUCGGUGAUAUUGAACCAGGAACCGUGAAGAAAGAUAAGGCUGAUGAAGAACUUGAAAAACUAAAGACACUCAAAGAAGACAUAACCUCGCACAAAUCUGAUCGUGAUGCACUAGUUAACCUAGGGAAAGAUCUCAAUACCGCAGCCGAAAUAGAUCAACCAGUUGUAGAGAAGGAAGCCGAGCUUUUAGCGAAACGCUACGAUGAUCUUACGGUCGAUAUUGAAGACAAAGAAAAACGUUUAAAUCGGCUGAUUGCGAAGUCCCAAAAAUAUCACGCAACUCUCGCUCCGGUCGAAGAACUGUUUAGUAAAGUUGAACAAGCUGUUAGCAAUCAAUCACCGUUUGGCGCUGAUGUCGAGCAGGCCGAAGGCGAAUUGGAAAUAGUGAAGGCCAUGGUCGAGGAACUGAACAACGCUCUUCCAGCUGUGGAGCAAGUCAAUACUGACGCAGACGAUCUGCUGAGCGACAUGCACGAGAAGUCGACGGAUCGUGCCGAUGUUCACGAGAAAUCUCGAGUACUUCCGCAACGAUUUGCCGAGCUGAGUGAACGUAUUGCACAAAAACACGCCAAAGUUCAGGAUGAAGUACAACACGGGACGGCGUUCAGGACAGCCGUGAAAGAAUUGGAGGAGUGGAUACCGGAAGUUGCAGAGAGGAUUGACGCUCAAAAGGGUGUUUCAUCCAAGCCAGAUGUUGUACAAGAUCAACUUAAGUAUAUCGAGGACAUCAAGUCUGAAAUGGAGGAUAAACGUCCGGUACUUCAGCGGGCCACAGAUGAAUGUGAUUGGCUAGUGAAUGCAUGCAAAGAUGAACCAAUGAAAGGGCUUGAAACUCGCGCCAAACUUGAAGCAGUCAAGAAACCUUACGAAGAACUAUAUGCUCGUGUGUGUGACCGCUGUGGCAAGCUACAGAGUGCUCAGAUGCGUAGUCAAGAGUUUGAAGUUUCCUUCCAAAAUUUCAUGAAAGAAUUGAAAGAACUUGAAGAUAUCGAAGCUGAGAUUAAACAACCUUCAGCUGUGUACGAUAUUGUGAAACAGCAAAGACAAUCUCUGGAGACCUUGUUGGAUAAGAUUCAGCAGCGUGAACCAGUUUUCGAGCAGUUGAUAAAAACGAGCGAGCAAUUCGUGGAAACUACGGAGCCUGGAGAUGAACGAGAGGAAUUGACGUCGAAAAUUGAUGACCUGAAGGGACGAUGGGAAGGUUUGAAGAAGAGAACAACCGAUAACCAAGCUUCAAUUGACGAGGUUCUUCCCUUGGCCAAGCUGUUUAGAGAAACAACUGAUGUCUUUACUGUUUGGCUGAAGUCGGCUGAACGAAAAGUGGAAAGCUUCGAGGGACUUGUUGGUGACCAGGCGUCUGUUAAGAGACAAAAUGAAACAGCGAAGCAGAUUAACGAUGAAAUACUCGCCCAUAGACCAGAGUUCACCACUCUUGAAGAUGCUGGUAAAGACGUGACGGGAUUGGCCAAAAAAGACGACGAGAAGGUUAAGGAAGAAUUCGAUGAAGUGGCUGAACGUUGGGAGAAGUUACAAGUUGAACUCAAUGAAAUCACAGCGAGAUUGAGUGCGGUAGAUAUGCUUCUGAAAGAGUUCGACAGGAGACUGGAACCUAUCACUGAAGUCAUUGAGCAUUGUGAAGAAGGACUAAAGUCGGUAAAUCCCGUUGGAGUCGAUGUUGAGAAAAACGAGACAGAAAUUAAGAAAGUUCAGGAGCUUCUGGCCGAAGUGAACAACAUCGAGACAGAUGUGGGAGACUUGGAUGUGAUUGGUGAGAAAACAAUUGCUAAGAUUGAUCUCUUUAAUGGCGACAGCAGUCCAGUGAAUAAAACUCUAGAAGAUACCAAGACGAGAUACGGAGCGUUAGCCGCUGACCUUGAAGAAAUGGCAGAUAAACAGAAAAUAGAUUCGGGUAAAGUUAACGAGUUUGUUGAGGAGAUUAUAGUGAUUGAGAAAUGGGUGAUUACUGUAUUCGAGGUCGUAAAGAACUGGAGUGAUAAGGGAAUUGGAACUGAACCUGAUGAAAUCAAGAAACAACUCCGUGAAGCUGAGAGUGUAAAAGAAGAUGUUGCAAAGCGUGAUAAAGAUAUUGAAAUGGUCGAGAAGCUUGGUCAGAGUAUCGCAGAGGACAGCAAUGAUCCUGACACGACAAAGGAAGUUAAUGAAAGAAUAAAGAAAGUAAAAGAGCCCGUGAAUGAAAUCAGACUGAAUGUGAAGAAACGCUGCGAGAAUCUUGAGAGUGCUCUGACCGAGAGUCAAGGUUUCCAUGACAACCUUGAUGAAUUCCUACGAUGGUUGACGACGACGGAACAAACAUUGGCGAAAGAAGCUCCGAUCUCUGGCAAUCCAGAGGAAUGUGGGGUACAAAAGAAAGAUAUUGAGGAUCUCCACGAAGACAUUGUUGCUCACGAGCCUGUCUACCAGGAAAUUCAAGCCAAGUCUCAGGAGCUUAUGGAGAAAGCCGCUGGUCCGGACAAACAAGAAUUGGAUGAGAAGAUCACUGACGUCAGCAAACGAUGGGAGGGCAUCAUGGGAAAGGUGACAAAACGUUUGACAAUCUUAGAAGAAGUUGUUGUAUGUUCUGUGCAGUACGCUGAGGCUUCUGAACGGGUGAAAAUCUUACUGGACUCGAUGGAAAAGAAAGUGGAGAUGAUUAAAGAUGUAUCAUCUGACCGUCAAGUUAUGAACAAACAGGACGAGACUGCAAAGGAUCUCGAGAAGGAGAGCCAAGAAUGCCAACCAAUUAUUGAACAGCUCGUCUCGUCAAGCAAACCAUUGGUUCAGCAUUGUCAAUCAGACGUCGGCUCAAUCGAAAGUGAUCUUAACGAUAUACAAGAACGAUGGGAUGCCGUAAGUAGCGUUCUACAUGAAGUUCAAAACAAGAUUCCGAAAAUGAAAGAGGCUGUGCCGGCUUAUGAGGAGAAAGUGAACUCGUUGGAAGAAUGUCUUGGUGAAGCAAAUGAUGUUUUGGCUAAAGUUGAGCCAUGUGGUCUUGACAUACAAAAGGCAGAAGAACAAAUGGAAAAACUGACAAACACCCGAGAUGCCUUGCGUGAGAAAGAGAACAACCUGUUACCAAGCAUCAAUGAGAAGGGAGACGAAAUCUUAGUGAUUGACAACAAUCCUGAUAAUGUGUCACGUGUCAACGAUCGUUACUCUGAUCUCAAAGAUCGCACUGGAGAGACUCUGAGAAAACUGGAUGACAUGAUUGGACAGCUUGAAAGAAAGUUGGAAACGACAAAGACGUUUGUGAAUGGUAAAGAUGAACUGAAGGCUGAACUUGGUGUAAUACGUGAUAAAGUGGAAUCUCUGGGACCUGCAGCAAAGGAUAGCGAAAAAAUUAAAGAACAUUUGAAAGAAUUGGAGGAACAACAAGCAAAGCUUGCCAACUUGAAAUACGUCCUUCAGGAAACCACCGACGCUGGCAACGAUCUUUUGGAGCAGACGCCUGGGGACCAAAAUGGUAAUACAGAGAUCCCCGAGCAGGUGACGGAAGUCAACGAGCUUUAUACGGAGGUGAACGAUCUUGUUGACGGAGCGUUAACAAACGAGAAAGAAAACUUAGCAAAGCAUGGAGAAUUUAAAACUUUGUUCGAUAGCUUUAACGAUAAAGUUGGUUCGCUUGAACAACGGCUAGAAAAUGCCAAACCCUUGUCAACGAAAUUACCUGAGCUCAAGGCAGAACAAGAGGAGCUUAUGAUAAUUCGUGAGGAGGUUCUCCAACAGGAGUCAUCAUGUGAUCAAUUACUUGAGAUGAGUGACAAAAUGGCUGAGGAAAAUCCUGGUCCAGAAAGCGACGCAAUGAAACAGAAAGUUCAAGACACAACAAAGAGAUGGCGAGUCCUUCUGCAAGUGAUCACGAAACGUGUUGAAAUUAUUGAGGAAGUUGUCACUUUGAGUGAACAAUUUGAGGAAGAAAUUGAAAUUGUUGUGACGUUUAUCACGAUUACAGUAAAGACACUGGCUGACUUGAAACCCGUCUCGUACGAUCAGGAACCUAUCGAGAAAGAACAGGAAAAACUAAAGGCGCUUGAAGAUGAGGUGAAAGAAAAGCAACCAGUUCAAGAGUCUGUAACGGCCACUGCGGCUAAACUUGCGGAACAUUGUGAAGCUGACGUUGACGAGAUGAUGGCAAGAGUGGAUGAAAUGAAUAAAAACUGGAAUGAAAUGAACGGAGAGAAAGAAAGCAAAGAUAAAGAACUACAAAAGAUGAGAGACGACCUCGCUGAGUAUGAAAAACAAGCAAAUGCUGUCCAAGAGAAGAUUGGUAAGGUUGAAAAAGCUUUGCCGUCUGAAACUGCACUUGUUCUGGACUUGCCUCAAAUGCGGAACAAUCUCGCAAGCAUCAAGAAUGCUGGAGAGCAACUGGAGGCUAUCAAACCUCAACUUGAUAACACUGUGGCGUAUGGAAAUGAAUUAGUCGGAAAAGAUGCUGAUAUUGAUGGAUCCAACGUGAAACGACGUAAUGAAGAACUCCAGGAGUUGUGCAGCAAGGUCGAUGAAAAAGUGAAAGACGAGACUAAGAAGAUGCAAGAUUUGGUUGAUGAGAUGGAGCAGUAUGCAAAGUCUUCUAAAGAUUUGAAAAACGAUCUGGAUUACAUCCAUGAUGAAGUAGACGCAAAUAAACCAGGUCAAUUGGAUAUGGAUAGUCUGAAGAAGAAGGAUGAUGCUGUGAAGAAAUUAAAAGAACACGUUAAAAACACUGCGCAAUUGUUUGAAACAUUCAGUAAAGACGGUCAACAGUUGAUUGGAGCUGGUUUAGGCAGCGAUCCUGCUUUGAUUAAAGAAAUAUCUACCAUCAGUAAGGAAUAUCAUGACGUCACUGAUAGCGUGGAUGGACUGCAGGCUCAGCUUGAUGACGUUAUAGCGGAGGUGGCGAAGUUCGAAGCGGUACAUGACGUCAUUGAUAAGGAGUUAAAAUUACUGGAGGACAAAGCUGAGGCGAUUAAUGCGAAACCUGUCGGUGGUGAGCCUGACGAUAUUAAUGCACAGCUGGAGGAGGUGAAGGCAUGCCAGAAUGAUAUCGCUAAAGUACAGGAAAGCAUCCAGACUUUGCAGGACUUGAAAUAUGGUCUCACAGCGAGAUACCGAGAUUCUGACGCGACUCCUCUGGACAAGAUUAUUGAAGAACUCAAUCAUCGUCUCAUGGCGAUAUCUCAUGGUUUGGUGGAAAGACAGACGAAGCUGGACCAGGCCCUUCUUCAAUCCGGGAAAUUUAAAGAGACUGCAGAUUCGCUUCUUGAUUGGCUCUCAGAAACACGUGAUUUGUUUGAGUCACAGGGACCUGUGUCGGCCGCCGACCCGAACCUGUUGAAAGCUCAAAUUAAGGAAAAUCAGCUACUUGUGCGCAUGAUCAAAGAGCGUGAAGGAACCCUCAUGUCUGUGCAAGCAACUGCUGAUGAGCUCUUGAAAACCGCAGACCCAGACAAGAAACAGGAAAUCGAAGAACAAAUGCAUGAUAUCAACAGCCAAUGGGAAGAGCUGACAGGUCUUGUUGCAAAACGUGGCGACCAAUUGCAGGAAGUGUUAGAAAUCUCACAGAAAUUCACAGAUCUCAAUAAGGAACUCACUGAUAGUCUUAGAAAAACAGACAAAAAAGCCAAAGCGGGGAAAUUCUCGGAGGUUAAAGCGAAACCAGAAGAGAUAAAAGAACAGAUUAAUGAAUUUGGAGAAAUUGUUGAAGAGUUUAAUACCUGCGGACCUAAACUGGCCGAGCUUGAAGCCUUAAGCGAGACACUCAUAGGGUGUGCGACCGAAGAGGAUGCUGGUAUCAUUGAGGAGAAAGUGGAAGAUGUUAAAGAGCGAUAUUGGAGUGUUGAGAAGAGAGUCAAGACUAUUGAAGACAAACAGAACGAAGCUUUGAGACUUGCUGAGGAAUUUAAUACUGAGAAAGUCUUGUUUGAUGAAUGGUUGGAAGUGACGGAGACAGCUAUGGAUGAAGUGGAUGGAAGUGAAGAUAAUGGUUUGAAACAACAGAAAUUAAAGGCUGUGCAGCAAUCCGUCCAAAACAAAGAACCCGACCUCAAGAAAUUCCAGGACAUCGGUUCUCGAUUGUCCAAGACAGUCGCCGACGAAUACGUUGUGAUUAUUGAAGAAACUGUCCAAAUUAUUGAAGUUCGUUGGAAGAAACUAAAAUCAAGAGUUGAGACAGUCGCCAAAGAUCUCUUCACUGGCAAAGAAGAACUGGAGAAGUUUAAGGCAAACAUGGGAAAUGUUGAUGAAUGGCUGACCGCCACUGAAACGAAACUAUCAAAUCUUGAGGCGCCGUCGUCGAAACCUGAUAAAGUGAAAGAGCAGAUUAAAGAAUUGAACCCAAUCACCAACGACAUUGCAGUGCAUGCUGGUACGGUAAACCAAGUUCUCGACAGCGGUCAGACACUUCUGAUAGCUUUGGGUGAAGAGGAAGGUGCUGAUGUGAAGGAGAAAUUGGACCGCAUCAAAACGAGAUUUGCAAAUAUCAACAACAAAGCGUCGUCAAGACAGGCACAGUUAGUUGAACUAUUAUUACUGACUCAACAAUAUUUACACAUCGUGAACGAGGUCACUACAAGACUGGGACGAGCGGAAGAAAACGUAGCGAAGUUGCAGGAUGACAAGGGACAUGCGGCCGAAGUGGAACAGGAGAGGAUUAAGGCCAUUCAAGAAAGCAUAACUGUGCUUGCGCCUUUGAUGUCCAACUACGCAGAGACUCACAACGAUCUUGCGAAGCAUUGCAGCGCUGAUGAGGUGGCCGAAGCCGCCAAGGAACUGGAACGAAAUCGAGAAAGGUACCAGUCUCUCAGAGCAGAAAUCGAAAAUCGCGGUAUUCAAGUUGGAAUGACGUUGCAACAAGAGGAACAAUUACAAGUCAUGUUGGAAGAGUUGAUAUUACAUCUGGAGAAAAGAAAAGAUGGACUUCUUAAUUUAGAGCCCAUCGGGAUACACGGUGAUGUUGUAAGGGAACAGUUGCAUGCACACGAGGAUGUAGCUAAUGGUGUUAAAGAAGACAAGAUAUUGGUGGAUGAAACGAAUGCCCAGGUUGAUAUUGCUGUGAAAACCAACCCAGGAACCAACACGGCAGAGCUGAUGACGGAAAAGAUGUCUCGGGUAAAAGGUCUAUAUGUUGAGAUUGAAGCACUAACCAAUGACCGUCAACUGGCGUUGGAGAGUGUCUUGGAGGAAUGUGAUAAGUUCUGGGACGGUGUGGAACAACUGAGGAUAUCACUGAGAGACGUUCAGGGACAUCUAGAUACGCACGAUCCACCUGCUGCGGAACUUCAUUAUGUCGAGGAUCAAAUUCAUGAACACGAGGAACUUUGCAGCGAGCUCAACAGCCACGAGGACCAGAUAAACGCGAUUUGUCACGCUAGUCCAGUGCUGGUAGCAAAUUGCGGUCAGGCAGAUAAGCUGGUUGUCCAAAACGCAGUAACAGAAAUCAGCGAUCUCUGGGAGAAUACUGAGAACGCGUGUAAGGCUCGCACGAACGAUCUGGCUGAAGUGUUUAAACUGGCAGAACAGUUUGAGAAAUCUCAUAAUGCCGUUUGUGAAUGGCUCGAAGCAACUGAGAAGAAUUUAGAGAAAGUUCCUUCCGUUGGUUCUGAUGUCAAAGCUGUAAAGAAACAACUAGAUGCUCAUAGGGAAUUACAACGGGAGAUACCAGAACAACAAGUGCAUGUGACAACUGCAAACCAACACGGACAAGCAUUGAUGGAGAAAUGCCGACCUGAUGAUGUUCCCGUGGUGCAAGCCGAGGUGAAAGAAAUGAAUGAUCGAUGGAAAGCUUUACGUGUGAUCGUCAUGGAAAGACAACAGAAACUUGAAGAAGCUUUGCUUGCCUUGGGACAGUUCCAGUUGGCCUUGGAAGAACUCUUGGCUUGGAUCAAUCACACGAAUCAAUCUUUAGACAAAGAGUUGGAACAGAAACCUCAUGGUGACGUGAGGUCGAUUGAGGUUGAAAUGUCGAAACAUAAGAUCAUCCAAAAUGACAUCAGUGCACACGAGCCGACCGUGAAAAGCAUCACGAACGCUGCGAACAAACUUCUCGAAUCAGGCACGAGCAAAAUGGACACAGCUGUACUCAAGAAUAAACUGGAUGAUCUUCAAAAUGGCUGGCAAGAACUUCUCGCCAAGUCUGCACAGAGGGAAAAUGAUCUUACUGGUUCCUUAAAGAUAGCACGUGACUUUAUGAAUGAAGUCCGAGAAAUGUUGGGCUGGUUGAAGGAAGCCAGGGAAUUCCUGAAAACUCGAAGACCUGUCGGAGGUUUCCCGGAAAGUUGCGAGAAGCAAAUUGAAAAGCACAAGGAAUUUGCCAGACAAGUGGAGUCUCGUGCUCCUAAGUACGAGCAGAUUAUGAAAACAAGCAGCGAGCUCCUGGAGACGAGUGACCCUGCUGUUGCAAACACAUUACGUAAUAUGAAGAGUGAGGUGAAGAGGUCCUGGGAAGAGAUAACAUCAAAGACGGAAGAAGAAGGAAAGAAACUGCAGUUUGCUUUGCAAAAGGCUACCAAGUUGCAUGAUGGCUCAACGGAGAUGAUUACUUGGUUAACUGAAAUUAAGGAAGAGCUUGUCAUAUUUGAGGUUAUCAGCGUAGUGUUUGUCAAGGUCGAGGAACAGAAGAAUAAAUACAAGAAUUGUGCCGUACAAGUUGAUGCCCGUAAAGAGCCGUACAGAGAACUGCGAACUCUCAGCAACGAGGUGACCGGGUCCUGCUUACAAGAAGAUGCUAUUCUCAUCUACAACAACAUGGCUGAUAUCGAUAAACAAUGGAGGGAGCUGCUGAACGGUUUGAACGUCGUAAAGAAAAAUGUCGACGAUAAUUACAGAGCGUCAAAGAAGUUCUUUGGAUCUUAUGACGAGUUGAUUGCCUUCAUGACCGAAGCAGAGAAUCAGUUGCAGGCAGAAGACAGCAUCGGAGCUGAUCCUGCUGUUCUUAAACAUCAACUGAAAAAACACAAGUUAUUCCAGAGCACGUUGGGUCCACAACAAGCUAAGAUGGAUGUUGCGAUAAAAUCUGGGAAAGUUCUCAUCGACCGGGGCGAAGUUGAUGACGCUGUGAUCGUUGAAGAAAAGAUUGCUGAACUCAAAGAACGCUGGGACGGCUUGUGUGCCUUGUCUGUUGACAGGCAACAAAAGUUGGAGGAAGCUCUGCUAUUCACAGGAAUGUUCCAAGAUGCAUUGCAAUCGUUGUUUGAUUGGCUGGAAACAGUAGAACCCGGUCUCUCAAGUGAGACAGCGAUCAUGGGUGACACACAGACUGUGCUUAUAUUAAUGGACAAUCAUAAGGCAUUUCAACGAGAUCUUGCCACUAGACAGAAAACGUACAACUCUGUGGUCAAAUCAGGAAGACAAUGUAUUGAAGAACAGAAAGUCGAGGACCCCGCAGCCUUGGCUGAGACUCUUGACGAUCUUGUUGCACGAUGGGAUGCAUUGAGUAUGAUGUCAAACACGAAACAAGAACGGCUGGAAAAUGCACUGACCUUAGCGGAAGAAUUUGAAUCUGGAGUGAAAGAAGAGUUGAAGACACUCAAGGGAAUUGACGCGAGAUUGAGGUCGUUUGGUCCGGUUGCAGAUAACUAUGAUGGCGUGAUCAAACAGAUUGAAGAGAUGGAGGUUGUGUUGGCAGAUCUUGAAGCCGAAGAGGAUAAAGUGAAGGUGACAAUCAAGAAAGGUGAAAUGAUUUUGAGAUUCUGUCAUCCCAGUGGGACACACACGAUACAAACAUGGCUAAGCAGGCUGAAGAAGAGAUGGGCCGAACUAAACAGUUGGGCAAAACAGAGGAAGACACGACUGGAUGAACAUCGCAAGACUAUGGAAGACGAAAAGAAGUUGGUUGAAGAAUUGUCUGCUUGGGUGAAAGAAAAGGAGGCUCAACUACAGGAAAAGGAAAAGAUUCCUUUACCUGAAGAAAAUACCGAUGAAUUGAAGGCAUUACUUGAUGAGCAUCAGUUGUUCCAAGACAAUCUCACAACAAGACAACCCGACUAUGAUCAGAUCAUGAGGUCAUCUAAACGACGGCAGUUAGCAGCUGAGCCUACAGCAACAAGAAAACAUGAAACACCCAGUAAAACACGACCUAGCUACAAGUCACGGAUCCCGCGCAACGCUCCUGGUGCAACGUCAAGUCAACCGGUGUUCAGUCGUGGACACUCGUUCACGCGAGACAAGAGUCCCGCGCGUGCACAACUCGCAAAACAUUGGCAGCACUUAUGGCUAAUGUCACUAGAACGUAUGCGAAGAAUCCAGGAGAGAUUGGAUUACCUCACUCAAAAGAAACUAGCCGCGAACUUUAGUUUUGAGGAGUGGAAGAAAAGAUUUAACCAUUGGCUUCACGAGAGCAAGUCACGUGUCCUGGAUAUUUUCAGACAAAAUGAUCACGACCAUGACGGAAGCUUGACACGUGAACAGUUCAUAACUGGCUUCCUAGCAACGACAUUCCCGACGGAAAGAUGGGAACUUCAGUUAGUUGCGAGAAAGUUUGAACGAAGAGGACUUAUUUCAUACAAAGAGUUCGUUGCUGCAUUGAAAGCUAAAAAGUCAACAAAACCUUUGACAGAGGCUGAACAAAUUCACGAUGAAAUUGAGCGACAAGUGUCAGAAUGCGAAUGCCCUCACAAAUUUGAGGUUACCAAAGUUGCUGAAAGAAAAUAUCGGUUUGGAGAUUCGCAGAAACUCCGGCUUCUGAGAAUCUUGAGAAGUACUGUGAUGGUUCGUGUUGGGGGGGGAUGGGAGACAUUGAAGGAGUUUCUUAGUAAGAACGAUCCUUGCAAAGCCGAAGGCCGCACCAACUUUGACAUCCACAAACUGGGGGCAUCACCAGAUCUCUCAUCUCACUCUAUGGGAACAUUCCGUACGAAGAGACCUGGGAUAUCUCGCGAAGGGUCUGGUGCUGAUCUUAAAGAUUCGCUUGCGGCACCUUCAAUGGAACCACGCAAGAAGUCUGGGACGAGUCUCAAGGGAGAAAAAAGUAGCUCACUCAAGAAAGCUGGUAGCAGAGACGGUCUUGCUUCGCCAAGAUCUUCGACUCCAACAUCGAGAGUCAAGAAAGCUGGUAGUCAUACAUCUGUCCACAGCGACGAUGGUAAACCGGAGGCUUCCGGAGCCUCAGCGACUACUAAGACGACUACCAAGCGAACAUCCACGAGUACAAGCCGUGUCCCAACACCGAAAUCAACCACAUCACGUACGACUCCCGUGAAAUCAACUGCCGCUUCAAAAACGGCAACAUCGCGAAUUCCAAGCCCGUCGACAACUGGCGGCGCUUCACGACCUACAACGACAACAACCCGAACGAGCAGCGGAGGAACAAAGACGCCCACAAAAUCUACGACAUCAACCACUCCGCGAUCCUCCACAAAAACGACCAAAACCACCACUAAAUCAACGAAGAAGUAAACCAUCACCUUUUGGGCGGUAGAGAAGAAGAAAAAAGGCUGAAAUUUAAAAAAAAAGUUUAACAGAUCCCUUUUAAAAACAGCUAAAAACUAGCCAUUAUCAGGCCAAAAUAUUGCCUGCACCGUCCUGGUGGGCCUGAAUAUUAACUGUAGUUAGUUUCUUUCAUAUUAUUACGUUUAUUUUAUGUCACAUUGUCAUGUUAGGAUUGGUAUUUAAUUUCUUAAUGUUAGAAGUAAUUCAUGUCCCCGUGACGCUAACUCAUUCGCUUUCAUUCAUGCUUCGUUUUCCGUCUUUCUUAGAAAAAAAACAAACAAUUCUUAGCAGAUAAACGACGAUUAAUUUGAUCAUAUUACUGACGUGGUUCUUGGCAAAGUUUCCUGGCUGGCAAAUUGGGCAACUUUGACAAUGAAGCCAUUUUAAGUCCUUAAAAUUUUGUUUGUGUUUAUUAGAGAUGCUUUGAUGUCUCUAAAUGUUAAUGUAUUUUUACAUGUUGUCUUUAAAAAGUAUAAGAUGUUAUAGAGUUAAGUUUCAAAAACUCGUGGCUGGCGAGUUUUAGAAACUCUUCAUUUUGUUUUGUGUACAUUGGGCUAUAAGAUAGUCAUGAAAUCUUGGGAAUUUCUGGCUGGUAUUUUCACGAUUUCUUUAUCAAGUUUAACCCCUUGUACACCAGUAACAAUAGUUAUGCAUAUUUUGUAAAACGUGUGUUUUUGGUGUUAUUGACUUGUAAUUUGUUAAAUUAUAAAAACGUGAUAUUAGGUAUAAAUUUACACUGGAAAUAAAGGAAUAUUUUGUAGA